GCUAGGAUUUUCUGGUGCUGGAGGGGACAAGAAGCACUUGGAUGCUCCAGCACUAAAGGUGAAGGAGCUAUCGGAGUUGCCAGAGCAGUGGAGGGAGCUAAGUUGGCGUGGUUAUGUAAGGAGUUGCCAACGCAUAAGCCAGCUACUAUUGCGAGGAUACUAAAUGGGCAGAGAAAGUGGAUGAGCUAUCAAGACACAAUAGAUAAAGAAAGACUUGCAUCAUUAAGGCAAGAGAUGAAGCAAGCAGGAGUAGAGAAGAGAUACGAAGUGCUUAAUUAUUUCCAUGUUGAGAGUUUAUGCAAAGGAGUAAAUCUAGAGAAAGCAGAAAGGACUUGGCUCAAACUCAUCCGUCUUGAUGAAGAUCACCCAUCACAAGUUUUUGUAUGUAGAAUGAAAGUCUUUUCAAAGGCAGGAGAAUCUAUAAAAUCAUUGGAGACAUUCAGGAAGAUGCAAGAGGUUUUAAAUUCUUACAAUGUUGCACUAUAUCAUAAAAAUAUAGAAGUCUUGUACGAGGCUGAAAAAGUGGAGCUUACAGAGUUGCUUAUACAAGAGUUGGUUCAGGGUGGUAUGAAGUCGCUUACUCCAUCUUUUAUUGCUAUAAUGUAUAUGUACCCUAAUUUAAAUUUACAUGAUAAAUUAGAGUCGGCCUUCUCUUCGUGCCUUGAGAAAUGUUGAUCCAGCCGGAGUGUCCACGUCAUAUACGUGGAUUCUUUGGUGAAAGCUGGUAAUCUUGACAAGGUUGAGGAGAUAUUUAACCAUGUGUGUAAUAACAAGACAAUCAGUGUUAAUGCCAGACCAUGCAAUACUAUUUUAAGUGGAUGCCUCUCAUUUGGAUACCA